AGGUUCAAUACAUAAUAUCAGAAGUUCAUCAAUGGAUUGUCAGCGUAUUAAGAAGAAAGACCGAAUCAAUAGCAAAAAUUACAGAAAGUAUAGCAAACUCUUAAAACGAACUAUUAUUAUUUCAAAACGGAUCAGUUUAAAUAAUUCUAAUCUGAGUACACCUCCUAACACAAUUGUCAAAUAUUGUGUAACCGAGGGAACGUCUGCUGUGGAAUUCAAUAACAAUUCAAAUAAUUAUAAAAACGAUUCUAUACCAUUUAACAAUUAUUCUGACAAAGAAUCCAGUGACUCAUGUGAAUACGAAUGUCAGAGACAAUGUAGAGAAAACGUAAUUCUGAGAAAGCUUAAUUCUGUGUUUGGAAGUGAAGAGGUUUCAGUGUCAGCUUCAACUGAUACCUAUGGACUUGAAAGGGACUUUUUGUCUCUUAAUGAAUCGGGAAGUUCUUCAAUGGCUCAAAAAUUUGUGGAAGCAAAACCUUGGCCAAUACUGAAGAAGAAUUAUUUCAACAACAAACCAAAUACCAAGAACAAGGGCGUCUGUAUCUUUCCGUCAUUGGAGCUCCAAAUACGACAAGCGGUCCAGUCUAUAUCGUUACAAACGAGCUCUACAAUUACUCCAAAAAAAAAAUCGGUUGCUCACGAAAAUAAAGCUUUAGUGAAACUGCAAGAUGAAGUGAAAAAGCUAUUGGACAUGCCAAUAUUGCAACCACAACCAGUUUCCACAGGAGGACACGAUGCUAAAGAAUCUUUAAAAAAGAGACCAAAGAAUAAAUUGGAAUUGGAGUUAAAAGAAACAUCUGAAGAAUCCUUCCAGCAAAUUCGUAGAGAUGUGAAAAGCGUAGACAAAGAAGCAUGGUGCAGUUUCACGAGAGAAGCCGUAGAAUCUUUAAUAAAGGACUUGCAUCACCUCUCCGUGAUGAGACCGCUUGAGGAAGGAACAGAAGAACCUAAGAAGACUAUUGAUAAUAUUGAAAAAAUGUUAAUAGUCCCAAAAUCAUUACUUCGAAAUGCAGUUGCGAUGCCCUAAAAGUGGGUUUCCUCGGUGUACGCAAGGUGUCUGACCACACAGUGCUUGUUAAGUGGAAUGUGCCGCGGAAACUCGACAAGGUUCAUGGAUAUGAGUUACUGGUAGAUGGGCGGGCAGUACAAAAAAUCCUCAGCCCGACCAAAUCCAUGGCCGUUGUGACGUGCUUACCGCAUACCGAUAAAGUGUUGUUAACUAUUCGUACCAUUACCUCCAGCGUGUUUGUAACAGGACA